AUGCCCAAAAUUGGUGUUGGCGACCCAAGCCCGAACAUACCGAGAUCGAGGCUCAAAGAGCCAUCGUCUCGAAGGGGCAUAUUAGGGAUAAAUAUCCCACAUCGGAAGUUGGAAGGGAUCUCAAUGAUGUCUUCAAGCAUAUCUUCCACAACUCUGCAGAGCUGGAGAGAACGUUCUCCUUCUUCCUAUACACUUAAGAUCCAAAACUUUUCUCAGUUCCUGAAAUCAACUCCCACCUCUGAUGACAAAUAUCAAUCCGGUCUUUUCUCCUCUGGUGGAUACAAAUGGAGAAUGAUCGUAUACCCAAAAGGGAACGACAAGGACAGUGGAAACGGGUUUAUUUCCAUGUAUCUGGAAAUAGAUCGCACAAGCCUCAUGUCAACACCACCAAGCGAGGUGUUUGCAGAUCUCCGAUUUCUAGUCUAUAACAAAAAGGAAAACAAGUACUUUACUAUUCAAGAUGUGGAGUCGAAGCCGUUCAACACAUUAAGAACGAUAUGGGGAUUGCCACAAGUGCUUCAACUUGAUACACUCAAAGACCCUGAAAAUGGGUAUAUCUUUGAAGGAGAUCAGUGUGAGUUUGGUGUUGAUGUCAUUGUUGCUCCACCCCCUACCAAAUGGGAACAAAUAUUUUUUAAUGAAAGACCCUCUAAUGCCAAGUUCUCUUGGACUGUUAAGAACUUCUUUGAGGUGAAAGAGGACCCUCUCUCAUCAAACAUUUUUUCAAUGGGAGGAAGGAAUUGGGUUUUAAAGUUAUAUAUUAAGGGCGAAACCAGAAGAGAUGGUAAAUGGUUAUCCACUUUUCUGUUUCUAGCUGGUAGUGAGACAAUGAAGGAAGAUGAGAAGAUUUAUACGCGAGCUCAUUUACGAGUACUUGACCCAUUUGGAAACAAUGACAUCACCAAGGAACUUUUAUGUUGGCACAACAAUUCAAAAUCAGGUUGGGGACGCCCUCAUUUUAUGUCUAUAGCUGAACUUCGGGAGGCUUACUUGGACAAGGAGGGCACUUUGAGUGUCGAGAUCGAACUUGAAGUUGUUUCCACCACCAAUUUCUAUCCCAUCAUCUAA